UCACGUCUCUGGACAACCCACACCUUCACCUAACCAUUUGGUCCAUCUCAGUAAAAGAAGCACCGUACUAAAGCAAUGGCAUUUUAAGGUCGCUGACCCCAGCAACUGCCAUAGCCGCUGCCUCUGCUCUUCCAGCGGCCUUCUCUUUCUCUUCUUCUUCUUCUUCUUCUUCUUCUUCUUCUUCUUCUUCACACCUUCUCCCACUGCUCUUAACAUGGAUUCUCCCCCUUCUUAUCACAACCCAUCUCAGGAAAGCGGGUCCUUGCCUGACGUUCUUACUGAGUAUAUGGUUGACAUGAAGUGUGAAGGUUGUGUUAACGCGGUCAAGAAUAAGUUACAAACAAUUGAUGGAGUCAAAAGUGUGGAAGUGGACUUGAGCAAUCAAGUGGUGAGGAUACUUGGUUCUUCUCCUGCGAAAACCAUGACUGAAGCAUUCAAGCAGAUUGGUCGAAAUGCUAGGUUAAUAGGCCAAGGCGUGCCAGAAGAGUUUUUAGUUUCUGCAGCUGUUUCUGAGUUCAAAGGCCCCAAAAUUUUUGGAGUAGUUCGAUUGGCUCAAGUGAGUAUGGAACUGGCUAGGAUUGAAGCCAAUUUUAGUGGUUUGUCACCAGGGAAACAUGGUUGGUCAAUUAAUGAAUUUGGUGAUCUAACAAGAGGUGCUACAAGUACAGGGAAAGUGUUUAGUCCACCAAUUGGAGGAACUGCUGAAGAGCCGAUUGGCGACCUGGGAACUUUAGAUGUAGAUGAGAAUGGUAAGGUUUUUCACACUUGUGUCAAACAGCAACUCAUAGUUGGCGAUCUCAUCGGGCGGUCAGUAGCGGUAUACGAGACUGAAGAUAGAUCAGAUCCGGGUCUGGCAGCUGCAGUGAUUGCCCAAAGUGCUGGGGUUGGGGAAAACUACAAGAAGAUAUGUGCAUGUGAUGGCACCAUCUGGGAAGCCACUGACAAAGAUUUUGUCACUAGUAAGGUCUGAGGGUUUAUGGAAGUUAGUUAUAGGUACUUGUAGUUGCACUUUGUAUGUUACUAGCAUUUUUAUGUACACAGUUUCUUGUCGUCUUAAUGACUUAUAGGAACGAUAUGAGAAACAGAGUUGAUAAUCUUUCCAAUAAAAUUGAUGAGCACUAAGCUUCAAUUCCAA